CAGAGAGAGAUCUUGCAGUUCUUAAUUUAUGUAUGAUCUUAUCUCCAAGUGGUCCAGGCGCCAAGAAGUCUGGUCAUUCUUAUCUCUUGUGCCUGUUGGUGAAAAGUGUCAAAUUCUUCAUUGGCACAUGAAUGUGCUUAAAAACUUGUUUUAUGGUCUCAGAAAUCUGCAAAGGAAACAACAACAGGGUCAAAUCUGACUGAUUUACAACUUAAAACGAUCACAACUAUUGUGUUUUACAUCUGAUUGUCUCAAGGCCUUAUGAUAUUCUCCACACUAUGCACUUGAACAUAUAAAAGUGAUGAUCACCUCUUUCAUUGAAUUUUGAGUGUUUUAAUCAAACUUGUUACACUUCUGUUGUUCCUGGUCAAAAGUGACCGACCAUAGGAAAUGAAUGGGUAUCCUGACUAUAUUCAUUCAUCAGAAAGAAGACAUUCCCAUACACACCACCCCAACUCACUCACUCACUCACUCACUCACUCACUCACUCACUCACUCACUCACACAUUUCAGACUGAACAAUGCUUUUUGGGGGUACACAGCCCAUUCGAUGGCCUGACAGUCUUGACAGUUAAAAUAAAAAUCAUCUUAAACUAAACUGAGAACUGAGGCUGACAAGCCUCUGGCUAUCAACUCUCCAGGUUGUCUCUUUGUUACGACAAUAGUCUUCGCCCCUUUCAAUGAUUUACAUAUCAGUGCUUUCAUCACAGAGUAUUAACUAAUGGUUGUACUUCUCACAAUGUUAAAUUCAGAAGUAGGAUGAUAGAGAGACGUGAAAUCAAACACUUUCAGUGAACAAAACAUCAUGUCAGCACCGAAACAAGUUAUCAGAAACAUUCAUUCAUUUCUACGACUUUCCUCAAUAUCCUAAUUCAUAAAAGGUAAAUAAUAAUAGUAAGCAACGCCAACUAAUAUCAAGAAGAAGGAAAUGUAUAUCAUGGGGGUGUAACGACUCCACUACAUCGAUGAAUCGUUUUAUUUUCCUACGAUCCAACUACAUCGAUAUGUGCUCGGCAAGAUAGCUGUCCGGACGACAUACAUCGAUCUGAUAUGAAUUUAAAAGGUAAUCAAUCGAUUGUAUCAAUACUGGGAAUAACGCAUUGGAUUAAGCACGUCAGAAGAUCCGCUUAAAGUAUUUACUGGAGAAACACUGUAAAAAUGGACAAACAAAAUUUACAAAUUAGCUUUAUAUACCUAAAACACCAUUAUACAAGUAUGCGUUAGCUUCCAGCUAACAUCAAUGGCAAAAUGAAUGUAUAUGCUAAUGCUAACAUUCGCCUUCACGUCUCUUUGCCUCACUGCCUCAUUACACCAGACACACAGUGACCUGAGCAUGGAUGGCAGUGUGGCUCCAUGGUGAAGACUUAUGAUUAAAAAUACUUUUAUCUAACUUCGCCAAAUUUCGAGCCAGAAAGACGAAUAAAACUGUAAAUUGACACAAAUCAUGAGCUGAGUAUAGAUUAAACAUUGUAAUUUUAGUUACAAGUGUACAUUUAGUAGUUUGUAGUUGUAGACAGAGAGAGAUCUUGCAGUUCUUAAUUUAUGCAUGAUCUUUAUCUCUAAGUGGUCCAGGCGCUGAGAAGCCAGGUCCUUCUUAUCUCUGGUGCCUGUUGGUGAAAAGUAUUAAAUUCUUCGUUGGCACAUGAAUGCGCUUAAAAACUUGUUUUAUGGCUUUUUUUUUUAUGGUCUCAGAAAUCUGCAAAGGAAACAACAACAGGGUCACAUCUGACUGAACAAUGCAUUUUGUGGGGUACACAUCCCUUUCCCACACAGACCCCACAUAUAUAGCUUGAUAUUUGCCUUGCACUCCUUUUACUCUGAGCACAUGAGUAGGCAACUGACCAAGCAGUCCUCUGUUGAAGAGGUUCCGGUCCAGGAUUUUGGUCAUGAUGAAGAGGACACUGAAACUGAACCAGAGAUAGAGGAGGAUGUCUCGGAAGUGGAAGACAACACAGAAUUUGAUCCAGACUUUGUGGAGGCUGACCAGUCAACUGAUGGAGAGGGAGAGGCACCUGAAGAACAGGCACCUGAGGAGACAUUCCAGUCUAAGAGUGGGCACUUGCUCUGGUCUCCAUCCCCCCAGAACAGAGUGACAGUGGAAAACAUCAUAAAGAUGAGGCCAGGGCCAACACGGUAUGCAACAUCUCGUGUGAAUGACAUCAAGUCCAGCUUCCAACUCUUUUUACCAGUGUCCAUUGAGGGAAUUAUACUGCAGAUGACAAACCUGAAGGGGAAACGUGUGUUUGGGGACACCUGGAAAGAAAUCGACCUGGUAGACCUCCAAGCCUACAUAGGUCUGUUGAUUUUAGCAGGAGUGUAUCGCUCAAACAGUGAGGCUACAAAAAGUCUGUGGGAUGCAGAGUCUGGCAGGCCCAUAUUCCGGGCAACUAUGUCGUUACAGCAGUUUCAUGUCCUUUCAAGAGUUGUUCGAUUUGAUAACAAAGAUACACGACCCGUCCGCUGGCGAAAAGACAAACUGGCUGCCAUCAGGAACAUUUGGGACAGGUGGGUGGAGCGCCUACCACUUAUGUACAAUCCAGGCCCUGAGGUGACAGUUGAUGAGCGCCUGGUUUCUUUCAGAGGUCGCUGUUCCUUCAAGGUGUACAUGCCAAGCAAACCAGGGAAAUAUGGAAUAAAGAUCUGGGCAGCAUGCGACGCCAGGAGCAGCUAUGCCUGGAAUAUGCAGGUAUACAUGGGGAAACACAAUACUGGAAAGGCCGAAAAAAAACAGGGCAUGCGUGUUGUGCUGGACAUGACAACCGGUCUCCAGGGGCAUAAUAUAACAUGUGACAACUUCUUCACAUCAUAUGCUCUUGGUCAGGAGCUGCUGAAAAGAAAGCUCACUAUGGUAGGGACAGUGAGGAAGAACAAGACUGAACUUCCCCCUGCAAUUCUAUCGACCACGGGAAGAGAGGUACUCUCAUCAAAAUUUGCUUUCACUGACACACACACUCUUGUGUCAUAUGUUCCCAAGAAGAAUAAAAAUGUCAUCCUGAUGAGCACGCUACACAAAGACGCCGCCGUCAGCAGCACAGAGGACAGGAAGCCCCUUAUAAUCCACGACUACAACAAGAACAAAGGAGGCGUUGACUGCCUUGAUAAGGUAACGUAAAGUUUCAUCCAUCAUGCAUUUUAUUUUAUUCUUAUUUAUGUGAAUCAUAGCAUUUUGUGUACGGCAGAUUCAAUAUUGUUCCCAAUCUCUUAUUUAUCGUUCCUUUUAUUGCAGCUUACUGCUACAUACACCUGCAAGCGAAUGACAGCCCACUGGUCUGUGGCGCUGUUCCACAGCAUCCUUGACGUGUCUGCUUUCAACGCAUAUGUGGUGUGGACGGCGCUCGAUCCAACCUGGAAUCAGGGGAAGAGUUUCAAGAGGAGACUUUUCCUAGCGGAGCUGGGGAAAGCUUUGGUGACUCCUCUUAUUCGACGGCGCCAGCACAUUCCCCGCACAGCAGCCUCUGCCAGUCUGGUUAGGAGUGUGCAGGCCCCAGCCCCAGCCCCAGGCCC